CAUAAUAUUGACUCCAUGAAUUUGAAGCCAUUAGGCAGGCAGAAGAGGAGAUAGGAAGGGACAGCAAAGAGCAGCCAUGGCUUCUUGCUCCUCUUUGAACUUCACAGCUAUCUCCUCAAACCCCCAAAAGCUUCCUUCUUCAUCAAUAUCUUCUCCUAUUGUUCAGCGGCCCUUCACUUCCCACUUGUCAUUUUCUAAAUCUUCUUCCCUUCAUUCAGAUCAAAUCCCAAUCAGAACUCAUUGCGGGAAACUUCCCCAGCCAAAUGGUGCCGGUUUUGUGGUUCUUGGAUGUGCUAGAAAGAAGGAACCUUUGAGGAUAAUGAUAUCUGGUGCUCCUGCUUCUGGGAAAGGAACACAAUGCGAGCUCAUUACCCAAAAGUAUGGUUUGGUGCAUAUUGCUGCUGGAGAUUUACUGAGGGCAGAAAUUGCUGCAGGAUCUGAAAAUGGAAAGCAGGCAAAGGAAUACAUGGAUAAAGGAAAACUGGUACCAAAUGAAAUUGUUGUGACGAUGGUUAAAGAGCGGUUAAAUGGUCCAGAUUCUUGCGAGAAGGGUUGGCUUUUAGAUGGAUACCCUCGGAGCUCUUCUCAAGCCAUAGCACUCAAAGAAUUUGGCUUCCAACCAGACCUCUUUAUUCUUUUGGAAGUACCUGAAGAGAUUCUUGUUGAGAGAGUGGUUGGCCGUAGGCUAGAUCCAAUAACAGGGAAAAUUUACCAUUUGAAGUAUUCUCCCCCAGAGACUGAAGAGAUUGCUUCUAGGGUUACUCAGCGCUUUGAUGACACAGAAGAAAAGGUAAAAUUGCGUUUGCAAACUCACCAUCAAAAUGUGGAAGCAGUUCUCUCAAUGUAUGAAGAUAUCACAGUCAAGGUGAACGGAAUUGGUUCCAAACAGGAGGUAUUCGCUCAGAUCGAUGGUGCAUUGACACAGCUUCUAGAACAAAAGCAAGAAAAGUUGGGAAUAGUGGCAGCCUAAAGGAACACAAAAUAUAUCCAAGGAGAAGAAAAGAGUCUAAUCAUAGGGAUGCAUUUUGAAUUUAUCAUGAAUGUCAUUCUUUAUUGUCAUUUCUCUUAAAUUAAUAAUUAUUAUGCUGAAAUAUUCAUUCAUAUUCAUGUAUAGAUGAGAUGAGAAUAAGUAAAAACAGAAGAAAUUAUUUCUCUAGUGG